AUGGGCGGCGGCGUCCAAGAAGAGGAGGCCGGCACGCCGCCCGCCAUGGUGGUGCCGCCGGUGCUCGUCAAGGGCAAGCGCAGCAAGAGGCAGCGCGUGCACGCGCCGCCAGUCGUGGUGGCGGCGCCGGCUCCCGCGCCCGAGUGGUCGUCGUCCGCGGCGUCGGCUGCCACGGCGCCAGCCGGCGGGGAGGACUCGGUCGUCUCGGGGUCAGGGACGACCACUACGUCGCCGUCCGCCGCGGACGAGGCCGCGUCCGCGUCCGCCGGCGGGUGCCGCGGCCUCACCGAGGAGGACGAGGACAUGGCGCUCUGCCUCAUGCUCCUCGCGCACGGCGAGCCAGCAGCGGCGGCCAAGGACGAUGGCGGCGGGACGACAGCAGCGGUGGCGGUGGCGGCCAAGGAGGCCAGCAGCAGGUUCAGGAGCCGCCGCCCGGCUGCCGCAGCCGGCGACGGCGGCGCUGCUGCCUCCGGCGCGUACGUGUACGAGUGCAAGACGUGCAACAAGUGCUUCUCCUCCUUCCAGGCGCUCGGCGGCCACCGCACCAGUCACAAGAAACCACGCCUGCUGCUUCCUCCGGUGCCGCCAGUGCCGCCGCCGGCAUCGCAGCCGCCCCAGGAAAAGGACUUGGUGCUGACCCCUGCUCCUGCAGCCGCGGAGCCAGCUGACACGUCGCCACCGCCGAUUCCGCCGCCGACCCCGGCCCCGGCGGAAAUGACAGCCGAUGCAACAGUGCUCGCGAUCUCUGUCGCCGCGGCGCCAAAGCAAGAACGACAGGACGCGGGCGCCGCCACGCCCGCCGCCGUUCCCGUCGCCACGAGCAGCAGCGGCGGCAAGCAUCAUCAUCACCCGCGGGUCCACGAGUGCUCCAUCUGCGGCGCCGAGUUCGGGUCCGGGCAGGCGCUGGGCGGCCACAUGCGGCGGCACCGCCCGCUGGUGCCGGCGGCCGUGCGGGACCGGGACCGGGACGACGCGCACGCGCCCACCAGCAGGAAGGAGAAGAGCCUCCUGGAGCUGGACCUCAACAUGCCCGCGCCCUGCGACGAGGCCGAGGCUCCCGCGGCGCUGACGUCCCCACGCUUCGCUUUCGCCGCCGUCGCCGAGAGGCCUCCGGCGCCGCUGCUGUUCCCGCCGGCCACGCCGUCCGCCCUGGUUGACUGCCAUUACUAG